CACUGAGACCAUUAGGGAAAAAGUCCAUGGACACACACACACACACACACACACGCACACACACACCACACACAGACACAUACACACACACACACACACACACACACACACACACACACACACACACAGAGAGAGAGAGAGAGAGAGAGAGAGAGAGAGAGAGGAUUAAUUUCCGUCUUUUAUAAGCUAGAGAACUAUCAACAAUACUACAGUUUCAAAGCGUGUCUAAAAACUUAUAGGUGAGUAUGGAAAAGAUUGUUCAGUCAUAGAAGAGUUACCAAUAAUAUGAAUAACAAAAAAAUGCUACUGUCUUCUGUUCCCGGCCUCGUAAAACAGGUUGAUGUAAGAGAUGUUCACUGAGUUCACUGACAUCCAGAUGUCAUAAUAUAUUUAAUAAGGUGGCCAUGAUGAGAAGACGGCGGGGAAACACACUGAGAUGACUUAGAUUUUCGCAAGUCAAGAUGACAAGUUAUAAACGGUGUGUGUGUGUGUGUGUGUGUGUACCCGGCCUCAUCCCUGUGCGGUCAUGUUGAGUUGGUGUUUACAUAACGCUCAAGAACGAGAUCUCUAGUUUAGCUGUUGUCUGUAUCGGGUUCACUGACUCCCUUGUGUCCGCCCGCCGCCCCUCCACCGCUCCCGCCUCGGCCGUAUGCGUGCGAGUGUUGUUUACGGAGGAACUACAAGUUGCUGAGAGGUGGGCGGCGGCGGCGGCGUCAGAAGUUGUCUCGUGUUUACCUGAGUCAAGGGGCUGAACGAGGAUCCUCCAUCCUCCUCCAAACGUGCCUUGUUCUCUCCCUCUCUCUCUCUCUCUCUCUCUCUCUCUCUCUCUCUCUCUCUCUCUCUCUCUCUCUCUCUCUGUGUGUGUGUGUGUGUGUGUGUGUGUGUGUGUGUGUCAGAUGUUUUACUUUGGAAUAAACGGGAACCAUACUAGACAGAUGACUCAGUGGGUGAACACACACACACACACACACAUACACACACACACACACACAGCGCUUCGUCAGGCGAGUCUCACCUUUGUGGGGUUUGUCCUUCACCACCACCAUCACCAGCAACAACACCAGAAGUUUGUUUAUGUCCCCAACAGGAGGCAGUUCAGUUCCUCCACCCUCUUUCAUCCUGUCUUGGCUUCUCCCUCGCAGUCUAAAUAUAACUAAACUCCCGCAGUCUCCCCCUCGUUCCUUCCCGCUUCCCCGCAGUAACACUCACAUCCUCGCCAUUCCUUAGGGCCUACUUAAGUCCCCCUUCUCCUCUUCUCCCUCCCUGUAUGGGGUGCCUCUCACCUGUGCUUGCGCCUUUGUCUCAAGCUGCGCGGCUCUAUAAUGGUUUUGUUAAUGUGACUGCUUGUUAGAGGAUAAAUAUUAUUUGUAAUGAGUAGAUCAGUACGAAUUCGAGCAAAGAAGAAAAAGGUAAAAUGCAACACUAAUGAUGAUACUGACGAUUACAACGAUAACGACAUUGGUAAGGAUGGUGGUGAUGAUGUGUGAUAGUCACGUUAUUGCUGCUGCUGAUGAAAUUAUUAUAUCACUACUACUGAUAUUCACAGUCAUUAGAUCAUUAUAUCACCAUGUAUUUAUUAUUACACCACCAUCACCACCACCCCCACCACCAGUCACCGCCGUAAUGUAAACGUGUCGCUUCCCGGUGGAGAUCCAGUUAGCGCAGUGCUUAACGAGGCGCGGCGGACCAGCAGUUCUCACCACCCUCACGCCCGUGGCCUCCUUCGCCUCUGCACCGCGGUUGACUCACGCAUGCGCCGACACUAGCCUCUGGCUUGAGGCAUGAGGUGCAGGCGUCCCGAGAGAUGAGAGGCGAACGCAGAGGGAGGGAAGGGAGAGAGGUGACGGCGUUUCUCACCCCUCAGACAGUGUGGAGGAGCUGAGAGACUGAAAUGGGAAGUUGCGUCUCCGUAAUGAAUCACGAGUAGCACUGACGGCCACCCUUUCCCCAAGCCCUACCAUGAUCAGGUUCCUCCUCCUAGCUGUGGUCCUUUCCGCCGUGGCUGUUCCCUGUGUAGCCUUUAUCCGCCGAGGACAUAGCGUAAGUAAGCCGUCUUCCGUGGUAGAUGACCUAAACCUCUCUGAACAGCCUUACCUAAUCAAGACGGGGGAGGAAGCAACAGAUUUGGGAGAGAAGGAAGACGUGAGAGAAGAGGCAGAGAAGGCUAAAGUAGUAGAAAUAGCGAAAGAUGAAAUGAAAAGGAAUAAAGACGAAGUGAAAGUGGAUGAAAUUGAGUUGGAAUGGAACGACCGAGAAUUUCCGUCCUUGGAUGUCACGUCGCUCGGUGCUUCCCUGGUGUCCCUCCGCCGCUUCCUGCAUCACGCCAGGAGACUCAGGAAGCGGGCAGCGGAGAGCGUUAAGAGGGACGUGGAGGUUGAAGCCUUGUCCCUGCACCGCCUCAGCCUUCACCUGCAGGACACCACAAAUCUGCCUCGCGCCCCGCACCCUCACCAGGCAGUGCCACUCGACCACGAAGAGAGAGGCAGGCCAGUACCGGUGGCGUCCAGCGGUCGUGGUGUGGGAGGCAAUGAUGACUGCGGAGGCAGCCAAGCGUUGGGUGUGUUCAACUUCCUCACCUUCAUGAUCUACUCGCUCUCCCUCGUGAUGACGGUGGUCGCCCUCGCCCAGGGGUCCAUGGCGGACACCUUCCUCGGCCAAAUCAUCAAUGGUGUUGUCAUAAACCAGAGAUCCUUCAGCGCGGCGACUCCAGGAUUGCCAGAUGUGGUUCCCGAGGCCCCUGAGAUAUUGGGUUUUUUCCUCCGAGCGUUGCGUGGCAAUGGCAGGCACCCAAGGGACACCGGGAGCCAGCAGCAGGAGGAACUGAAGGCCCUGCGCAAGGAGUUGUCAGUAGGGAUGGUGACGGCGCUGUUAGAGGCUGUGCGUGGCCCGGGCAGGCUGUGGGGUCAAGGUUCAAUGGGGGAGUGCAGCAGUCCAGCGAGGGCAUGGGCGCGCCACUACUUCGGCACGCACGCCCACGCCCUCCUCUCAAGCAAUGCCUGACGAUGCUCUUGAGAUAACUCAAGGGAAAUUGAAUAUAUUGUUUUCUUAUUGUUGUUAU